AUGGCAUUUUGGCCUUCUUGUUCCCGUGCAGUUUUACUUUCAUUGCAUAAUUUGUCAACAUAUCCGAGGAAAUGUUUCGCUCAAAUAUCGCUUAAAAAGAAAAUAGUUGGUGCGCAUUUCUUGUGUACCGUCUCGGAGGGUACCAUAAUUUUCGAUCGUGAAGCAAAGAGAAUCCAACGCAACAGGGCUGCCCAAUUGGAUGAUUAUGAUGUUUGUCAGUACGUCAAAGAUGAAAUAGCAUAUCGUGUGGCGGAUAAAGUAUUUGACCUGACUAAAUUCAAUGAUAUUUGCAUUGAUAUCGGAUGCGGUAGUGGCCAUGUUGCGAUGAAUUUGAUUAAGGAAAAUGUGGGUGUCAUCAUUCAAUGUGAUAUAAGCUCAGGACUGAUACGACGAAGUAGAAGUGCGGCGGAUCCUGAAGUAUCUGUUUUGAGCAUCAUUGCAGACGAAUCAUUGGCACCUUUCCGGGAAGAAUCAGCUGAUUUGGUGGUAUCUAGUCUUAGUGCUCAUUGGAUUAAUGAUCUCGCUAAAUGGUUUUCACAUUGUUUAUCAAUCCUCCGUCCUGAUUGCCCUCUGAUUGGUGCUAUGCUAGCCAAUGAAACACUACACGAACUUAGGAUAGCCUUACAGUUAGCUGAAAUGGAAAGGUUGGGCGGCAUUGGUUUACAUAUUUCACCGUUUGUUCGGGCAGAUGAUGUCGGGUCAUUGAUGAGUCAGGCUGGUUUUGGAAUGAUUACAUUGGACACCGAUGAGCUUACGGUCGGUUAUCCGAACAUCUUUGCUCUACUCUAUGAUUUACAAGGUAUGGGUGAGUCAAAUGCAUUACGAAAUCGAUCAGCGCACGUUAGGAGAGAUAUUUUAAUAGCUGCUGAUGCUAUUUAUAGGGCAAUGUUUUCUCGCGACGAUGCUCCAUGUCCAGCAAGUUUCCAAAUUGUUUCAUUUAUUGGUUGGCGCCCCGGUCCUUUAAUGCCGAAACCAGCAAAACGUGGAUCACAACAAGCAUCAUUCAAAGAUCUUGGCAAAAUUAUCGAAGGAAAGAUACCCUUCCCAGGAAAGGAUUGUACAAAAUAG